AAUGAAAUUUUUAGUAAGUGAUGAAUCAGUUUUUGAGAUUAUGAAAGAUGUAAUGGUUUCAUCUUCAGAUGCAGAUUCAACAUCAAUUACUACUAAUUUAUCAAGAAGCCCAGAUUAUGCAAGAAUCUCUAAAAUUUCAUUUGCACUAUAUUCAGAUCUAAAGUUUGAACAAUCUUUAAAGUAG